AUGGGCGUAGACUUUCUAUCCUACGACCCGACGUCUCCGCUCGCCAAGGAUUCAGGUGCGGCCGUGGUCGUCGUGGACGCGACCUCGCCCACCCCGUCCCCACCCAACGCCUUGCCCUCGACGACGACCGCGCCACCGGCUCCACCCAAAUCGCAUCCUAGCCAUGUCCGAAUCAUCACCCCGCAGCGAUGGCCUGGAGCGCUCACGCCUCCCCCUGUGAUCGUCGAGUGCUCCCCAGCACCCAACCAGGUCAACAGCAGCUUCCUGCUGCUACCACCCGAGAUCCUCCACCGCGUCCUCGUCGAACUGGGGAUCGCGGCACCGUCCCAGCUCGCCAAUGUCGCAGCGACGUGCCAGGCCCUCCGGGUGUUCAUUUACCAGAACAAGGACGCAGCGCUGUGGCGCGACGUCCUGCUGGCCCGGUACGACGAUCCGCGCGCUGCCGGUGCGUUCCCCGUCGAGCGCAAGGAGGUGGCGUGGUCCCAACGCCUGCAGGACCGUGUGUUUGUGGACCGGGUGUUCGCGCACUGGGACGAGGAGAAGGGGCCUGACCUGUCUUCACACCUCGACCGGCUAUGCACCACGCUUCUGGACCUGUACCUUGACCUGCCGGCCCGUGACCCUACCAAAGACGACGACGGCCCCGGUUCGUUUUUCGCUGCCCCAGCGACGCGCAAUGGACCUCUGCUCGAGACGGCACUGCGGUCCAACGCGUUUGGGCACAUGUACCUCACGCUACUCACGCGCGAGGCCUCGCCGCCGACACUACGCCCCUUGGCCGGACUGGGGAUGCGGGAUCACCCGCUGCGCCGGCGCCGGCGUGAGGUCAUCAACCCCACGCUGGCACGGCUGCACACGCUCCUCGCGCCGCAGCUCGAGGUCGACGUCGAGGAACACCGCGAGCACAGGGGAUACCUGCGUGAACUGGUGUACGGUGCGAGCAACUAUCGGGCCGACAACGACUGGGCGCCGCUGCACCCGUCCGGCAAGGUCAACUGGACGCUCGUGAAUGCCGUUAGCUCUGUGAUGAUGCUCAACGCGCUCGACGUGAUUGGCAUGGGCGAGCAACUGUGGAGUCCUGCUGUCCUGCCCAUGCGCUCCGGCAUCGAGGGGGUGCGCGGGCUGGGCUUUGCAAACCUUAAGCGUCCCGACAACCUUGGUCCAGACGAAGUAUGGGACUGGGCCGGCGUCGAGGGCAAGUGGUAUGGCUCGUAUGCGUUCUUGGACUAUGCCGACUGGGUCCAGCUCAACGAGCCCCACCUCAUGGCCAUUCGCCGCGGGUUCCUCACCCCACUCGACCUGAGCACCUAUGCCGAGGCGAUUGGAGACCUCAUGGAUCUGCGGGUUGUCGUGGACCCGGGUCCCGACGCCGCCGAUGCUGCCUAUGCCGAGCUUCUCGCGCGAACAAGCGCCACUCGGCCACCGGUCAAGCUCCCGCGACUGACUACCCCACUUCCGACAUCGGACCUGCUGCCUCCGAUCCACUUCCACGGCACAAGCGCACAGCAAGGUGCGAGCAUCACGCUGCCCUCCGAAGGCCCCCUCAGUUUUGUGCGUGGCGUGGUACGCCUCACCGCAGACGACCCUCCCGAGAUUCGCUGGACGAUCGUGAUCCGAUACAGCGGCGAGGACAGGUGGCGACUCGAAGGCGUUCAGGUCGGAGGACGAUGUAGCCGACGAGGAUUCUUUGGGGUAUGGACAGACGCACUCAAGGAGCAGCACUCGCCGAACGGUCCGGUAUGGUACUGGAAGCCGCCGUCAGCAUAG